AUGAAUGCCCAGGGUCGCAAACAAGCUCCAGCAAGGAGCAUGCAGGAGAUCCUGGACCUGAUUGCUGUAUGGGGAGAGGUAUCUGUGCAGACAGCACACCGAAGCAGCAGAAGAAAUGCUGAUGUCACAGGACAGGAGCUGAGACGCCAGCAGAUUGUGGUUAAUGUAGAACUUUGGAAGGCCUAGAAAGAUGAACAGAUCCUAAAAGGAAAGAACAUUUCUUUCUCCUCCAUGACAGAAGAGAGUCUUUCUCCAAAAGAAGAGAAAAAGAAUGCAAUGAUGAAAGAAGCCAACUUACUGAACAACCCAGAGGUGCCAUUUCCUGUCUCUGUCUCCAACAGGAGAAUGCCUUCCAGACAGAGGAACCCACCUCUAAAUCAGAUUAUUGAAGCAGGGAUUAUUCCCGAACUGGUGGAAUUCUUGAGCCAACAUGAUAACAUCCACUUGCAGUUCGAAGCUGCAUGGGCGCUGACUAACAUUGUUUCUGGCACUUCGGACCACAUGAGAAUUGUUGUGGAGGCAGGUGCUGUCCCAGCCUUCAUCGCCCUCAUGUCUUCUUCGCACAUGCAUAUCAGCGAACGGUCUGUGUGGGCGCCGGGUAACAUCGCAGGUAAGAUGCCUCUGUACAGAGACUCCCUUAUCCACAACAAUGUGAUUCCUCCUCUGUUGGCUCUGGUGACACCUUCUACUCCCGUUGGUUUCCUGUGAAAUAUCACGUGGACGCUGUCAAACCUCUGCAGGAACAAGAACCCAUAUCCUCCCCUGGAGGCUGUGAAGGAGAUCCUGCCAGUGCUCGUUCGCCUCCUGCAAAACAAAGAUAAGGACAGCCUCUCUGAUGCCCGCUGGGCUGUGUCCUACCGGUCUGAUGGGUCCAAUGAUCACAUCCAGGUGGUGAGGGAGACUGGGAUUCUCGCAAGGCUGGUAAAACUCAUGGCCAGUCCAGAGCUAAGUGUUAUGGUAGGUAAAGCACUUAGCCUACGGCAAGGCACACUCACGUUCUUUUAUGCACCUCACUCCUCUGUGAUGGCACAACUCAGUGCUAUUGACGAAAACCUAAAAAGCAAGCCUCCUGCCUUCUAG